AUGCCUUGGGUUAUUGUGGGUGAUUUUAAUGAAAGUCUUACAGCUGAGGAUAAGUUUGGGGGUAGGGCUUUUGGGGUAAAUAGUUCACUACAUUUCAAAGAGUGUUUGGAUAAUUGCAACAUGAUGGACAUUGGGUUUUCUGGGCCAUGCUUCACUUGGAUUAAUAAAAGGGAAGUCCAAGCUCUUAUUCAAGUAAGGUUGGAUAGGUUUUUCGUUAAUCCUAGCUGGUUCUUACUUUAUCCUGAAGCUAGAGUCAUACACCUCACAAGGUGUCAUUCCGAUCACUGUUCGAUUAUGCUUGAAUUGCUUCCUAGAGCAACUAGGGAGAGAGAAAGGCUGUUCAAGUUCCAAACCUGCUGGUUGACAGACCCCACCUUUCCGAGUAUUGGUACACAGUCUUGGAGACAACCUCACAAUCUUAGAGAAGCAAUUGAGCUUUUUACCAAGGAGGCUACCAUUUGGAACAUGCGACAUUUUGAGUUGGUAAAGGAGUUUGAUACUAUUCUUAGUCAGAAGGAGGAACUAUGGGCUCUUAAGUCUCGGGUUAAUUGGAUGAUACAAGGGGAUAGAAAUACCACUUUUUAUCAUGUUUCAACCCUGGUGAGAAGGAAAAGGAAUAAGAUUUUGGCAAUUAAAAAUUCUGUUGGGGAUUGGAUUAAUGAGGAGAAUGGAAUCAAGGAGUUCAUUAGGGCAGGAUUUAUGGAUACUUUCACUUCUUCCUUCACUUGUGUACCUCGGAUAGCUCCCAUGUCUUCCCAAUGGCAAGCCAAGCUCACGGAUGAGGAAAAGAUUAGCAUUGGAAUGGAGCUUUAUAAGAGACAUGCUGUUUAG